AUGUCCUACCAGCAGCCGCAGGGCUACUAUCCUCAGGGCGGACCUCCCCCGCAGGCUUACGGUGCUCCGCAGGGCGGCUACUACCCACAAGGCCCUCCUCAGGGUCCUCCCCCUCAGGGCUACUACCCACCCCAGCCGGAAUACCAGCAGCAGCCCAUGUACCAGCAGCAGGCUCCCCCUCCCCAGGAGAAGAAGUCUGGCGGUGGUGGCUGCCUCGGAUGGUGUCUGGCCACUCUGUGCUGUUGCUUUGUCUGCGAGGAGGGCUGCGAGUGCUGCGCUGAGUGCUGCGAGUGCUGCGAGAUGUGCUAA